AUGAAAGGAGGAAGGAAGAAUCUGAAGAGGGCCGUGGAGGAGCAGAGCUUGACACUCAGCGAUGGCCAUUCUAUAAUGCAAGUGCUUUCUCUACGUGGUUCCAAUCUCAUUGAGGUAAUGGAUGCAAAAGGAGAGAAAUAUUUGGCGUUGUUUCCGGCUAAGUUUUCGAAGAGCAUGUGGAUAAAACAAGGUUUCUUUGUUGUGGUUGAUGCAAGUGAGAAGGACAAGGUUAUUGAAUCAGGCGGUAAAGUGGCUUGUAUUGUUUCUCAAGUUCUGUUUUUCGAACAAGUUCGUGCACUUCGGAAAUCACCAGAAUGGCCUGAAAUCUUCAAAUCCACGGUCUCAGAAGAACCAUGUGGAAGUCUGAAGGGACACACCUCCAAGCAAGAAGGGAAUGCGAAUGACAAUGAGGAUGACUCUAGUGAUGAUGAUGGACUUCCUCCAUUAGAAGCCAACAUGAACAGGAUGAGACCGGCUGAAUGGCAAUCAGAGGAAGAAUCGGAUUCAGAUACAGAUUCAGGAACUGAUUCUUGA